GCACCUUCGACAAAGGAUUCAAGGAGACCUUCCAGACUGGAUUUGAAAUCAGAAGGAACAUUGGACGAGCCUUCAUCAGGAGCAUUGCUCGAUCUAUGGAGUACCCUAACCUGCCCGCUCUCUUUUCUGAGGACGAGUUCUCUGCUAUGGGACUCAGAAAAUACCCCAUCCGAAGACAGAUCAACAGCAACAUGUACUCUGACUUUGACGGAACUCUCCUGAGAGAGCUAGAACACAUUGACUCUACCGUCACCGUCCUCUCCACCUUCAACAACGGUGGUCUUGAGAUCCUACACAAGAACCAGUACAGACCCGCCCCCGUGACAGGAGACAAUGCUUUCCUCGUCAACAUCGGUAAACUGGUAGAUGACCUCAUCGACAACAAGGUGCCCUCAGUCAGACACAGAGUUGCUGAAGUUGACUUUGAUAGAUACUCUAUCACCUACUUCCUGGGACCCCAAUUUGAUGCCGAUAUCAGCCGUAGUAUGAGUGGAGCUAUCACCCAAGCCGGACUCAAAUACAAAGUUUUCGGAGAAUGGAUCAAGGACUACCUUGGUGCUAUUGAGCUCUUCUACUACUAAACUGUGUUUGAAGUCUUGAAAUGGUAAAAUCGGAGCGGUUGCCACAGUAACACUAACAUUGGGACUGUGGAACAAACAAAAAAGAUAUUAAUACGGCAUGAAAAACUGACUGUUCUUGUAAUUUUAAUUACGAUGUUUGAAAAUAUAUUUUUACGAUCCUAAAAAUCACUGUAACCUUCCACUGAUGUGCAAUUCUAUAUUUUAUUUUUA